AUGAGGUGGAAGACGGUAUCAGUCAUCUUCUUCCUGGUGGUGCUCUACCUCAUUGUGGGAGCCCUGGUGUUCCGGGCGCUGGAGCAGCCCCACGAGAGCCAACAGAAGCUGGCCAUCUUGGCCGAGAAACUGGACUUCCUGUCGCUGCACGCCUGUGUCAACUCCUCCGAACUGGAGGACCUCGUCAAGCAAGUGAUCUCUGCCAUCAGAGCGGGCAUCAACCCAUCAGCGAACUCAUCCAAUCAGACAAGUCUGUGGGACCUAAGCUCAUCCUUUUUCUUCGCUGGCACUGUCAUCACCACUAUUGGCUUUGGGAACAUCGCUCCCCACACGGAGGGGGGACGUAUCUUCUGUAUCAUCUAUGCCCUCCUGGGAAUCCCCCUCUUUGGCUUCCUGUUGGCUGGUGUUGGAGACCAGCUUGGGACCAUCUUUGGGAAAGGCAUCAACAGAGUGGAGAAGAUAGUUGGGUCUCUCCCUCAAAAGUGGAAAGUGAGCCAGACCAAGAUCAGGGUGAUCUCCACCGUGAUCUUCAUCCUGUUUGGCUGUGUCCUCUUCGUGGCGUUGCCGGCGGUCAUCUUUAAACACAUAGAGGGCUGGAGCACGCUGGAGUCCAUCUACUUUGUGGUCAUCACCCUCACCACCAUCGGCUUCGGUGACUUUGUGGCCGGUGAAAAAGGUGGUUCUGAGAUAGAGUAUCUGGACUACUACAAGCCUGUGGUGUGGUUCUGGAUCCUGAUUGGUCUAGCCUACUUUGCUGCCGUGCUCAGUAUGAUAGGAGACUGGUUCAGAGUCAUCUCCAAGAAAACCAAGGAGGAGGUAGGGGAGUUCCGGAUCCAUGCAGCAGAGUGGACGGCAAACGUGUCGGCUGAGUUCAAGGAGACACGGCGUCGCCUGAGCGUAGACAUCUCGAACAAGUUUGAGCGUGCCGCCUCCAUUAAGCGUCGACUGUCCUCAGAGCUGGGCCUCAACCCCAUCACCCAGGAGAUGACCCCGGGCAGGAGGACGCUGUCCGUGAACCUGGGGCCAGGGGAUGAGAGGGAGGCCUACCCCAACCUGGCUCUCUCCCUCACUCCUGUCCCUGGUGCCCUGGCCCGCAAUGGCAGUGGACUCUACCUGAACGGACUCAGUCCAGACUACGCUGAGGUAGCCAUCAUAGAGAGCCUCUAGUGGUUGUGGAUGGAACAUGGAGGUGAGACACAUUUAUGGUCAUCAGUGGAGAUCAUUAAGUGAGACUAACACACACACGCUUGUGUGUUCAUGCUCACACUUGUGCUCAUUGGUUAAGAGGCUGGUUGGAGAGACAGACACUUCAAGCUGAGAUCUCAGGCAUACUGUAGGUGAGUUUUCAGACAUACAACCAUGCACACACACAUGUUCGUCAAAGGUGAUGAGAUGCAUACACACACUAGGCUGUGCAGUAAUCGAUUGAGUGCUGUGAGGGAGAGAGACACUGGUCGAUCAUCACUUACAGUAGAUCGAUCAUCACACACAAAUACACACACACACACACACACACUAAUUGAUGGAGCUUGUGGAGAGACACACGCGUUAAUGCUCCCACUCCACCUGAAAACACAGAGAGGCUCUGAAGUCUGCAUCAGAUGAAGAGGUUCUUCACUGUCCAACACUGUAUCAUCCAAGAUGAAACUUUCUCUAAGGCCUUUUACCCAACAAGUGUUAGGUUCUCACCAGGAGGCAACAUUCAUCACCAAACUUACGGAGCAUGCAGUUGAUGUAUUUCCAAGAUUGUGUCUCUUUUGUAUGGUUCCUGUAUUCAGACUACUAGGGCAGCAUUUAUUUGAUGCCUUGCUUUCAGUAAUAACACCGCUUACAGUUUUAAAGCAGAAUGUUUGGAUCAUUUUUUUUACCUUCAAGAUGGACAUGCAGCUUUUUACCUAAGGAAUAUUCCUAGUGCCUUAAAUAAUGGAAGAACACUUUGAACAGUGUUUUGGAUUGCCGGUGCAUGUUGGACUGAGUCUUAUCUAUUUGGGUCGUUAUCAAGUCUUAAUUCUUACUUAAGCAAUCCUUGAGAAUAUUUGUACAUUAUUUGUGCGUCUUUUAGAGAACACAGCAACACAGUAACAAAGAGAAGGUGCAUGGAAGGAUAUGAACUUUGAUAUGAACUUUGACCUUUUGAAGUGGAGAUUUAACAGAAGACAGAGCAUACAAGCAUAUUUCCGAUUGGAGCUGGACUGACUGGGAUAUUUCUGACCUCUGUCUGUCUGUGUGUGUCAACCAUUUUGUCCCUGUUACUGUCCCAUUGUCCCCUGCCUGCAAUGGUGACUUUGUCAUUCAGGCGCAUUACUGAUAGAAUGUCACUCUCUUCCUCCUACUCCUCCUGUUCCUCUCCUCUUCAUCCCUCCUCCUCUCCUCCCACUUAUAGACAAACGUAGACACUAUUUAUCAAAGAGAGAAAUGGUCCAACAGAAGCAUAUCAACCAGUCACCUCUAUGGUUGCCUUCAGUAACUCUGUAUCCCAACAACUCAUCCAUUCAUGUGGAAAUAGUAAGGUAAGAUAUGUAUUUAUCUCAAUGUUAAGUCCAUCAAAAGCAGAAGUGAUCUGCACACAUAGUACAAAGACUCUAAGAUUCUUCUUAGAGAGGGGAGAGGGGGUGUUAAACACAGACGUUUUGGCUAAUGCUUCGUCAUUAAGUCCCUCACUUGGUCUGCACAUCACUAUUUCUGGGGUUAAACAGAAUACUCAUCAUAAAAAAUAACUCUUCCUGUGUCCACCUGUGAAUAACAGUAUGGUAUCUAAGCAAUGCUCGAGGAAGACAGGGCUUAUAUCAUGGAGUUCCAUAGUGAGGAAUACUUCUCAAUGGGUGGUGGAUGUAGAAGGCAGAUUAGGGAAAUAGCUUGGUAGCCUCAAGGUUUAAUCCGGCUUCUCUCCUCUGACAGGCUAUUCAUCAUGUUGGAUAGAAAUAUAUUUGGGACAUACAUAUAUUGUAUUUUCUUAUACAAAUCAGGCCCAUUUUAUGCAUUUUACUCACUGUUUAUUUUGAUUGGGUGUGUGGGUAAUGGGCAUGGUUAUUGGCAUGGUUAUGGGUUUGGUUAUGCAAUGUGUUAUAAGGCUGAGGGGAGACUCAAUGAAAAAAUGACUUGGAUUGUUACUUGAAUGAAGGGGGAUGUAAUGAAGAAAUGACUUGGAUUGUUACUUGAAUGAAGGGGGAUGUAAUGAAUAAAUGACUUGGAUUGUUACUUGAAUGAAGGGGGAUGUAAUGAAAAAAUGACUUGGAUUGUUACUUGAAUGUAUUAUUUAUUCUGUGCUUUCUUAUUUCCAAUCGUGUUUUUAAUGUCAUAUCUUGCCAAAACAUCACGCAUGUACUUCUCAUGUGCAUCAUACAAUACAGAACAAAGUGUCUUACAAAUGCCCCUUUCAUCAAGAAACAGGUUUACAUUUAACUUUCAAUUGUGAUGUAAUGGUUGUUAACUGAACGUAUGAAUGUUUGAAUGGUGAGAAAGCAGCCAGGUCACCUGUGAUACAAAUCAGUAUUUGAAAUCCAUCCAUUUAUUUUAUUUAACCUUUAUUGAACUAGGCAAAUCAGUUAAGAACAAAUUCUUAUUUACAAUGACAGCCUACUCCAGCCAAACCCAGAUGACGCUGGGCCAAUUGUGCACCGCCCUAUGGAACUCCCAAUCACAGCCAGUUGUAAUACAGCCUGGAUUCAAACCAGGGUGUCUAUAGUGACGCCUACUAGCACUGAGAUGCAGCGCCUUAGAGUGCUGCACCACUCGGGAGCCCAUGUCUGCAGAUUUCGGGAGAUGACAUGGAAACCGAGCAUUAGGGGCAAGAGUGAGGGCUGUAACCUUCAAAUAGUUUUUGGUUUUGCUAGGGUAUCGGGGACAGGGAUGGCGGAUGGGUGUAAGCAGUUGCCUCUAGUGCUAACGGUUGCAUGUUUGAAUCCAGCAAUAGAAAGUUGUUUUUGAGAUUUGGUAUAGGCUUAAAAAACAAAAAUCUCUUUCAUCCAUCUGCUUCCAGUGCCAAAGGUUGCAUAUUAGAAUCCAGAGAUAGAAAGUAGUUUUGUAGAUUUUUAUUUUAAACCUAUCCGAAACCUUAACCCUUACCUUAACCAUUCAGAGUUAAUGCCUAACCUUAACCCUUACCUUAACCAUUCAGAGUUAAUGCCUAA